AUGGGCAUCGGCAGAGGCAUGGCCGCGCCCUUGGGCUUCACCAUCGUCGUGGUCGCGGUGGUGUUGUCCACGCCCGGGGCAGGAUCCGCGGCGGUGGAUCAGGGCGGGCGGCCUUGCUGCUUCCACGCGUGCUUCGACCAGUGCGUGCUGCGCGACGAGUUCUGGUUCUGCCAGUUCUCCUGCUACCACAGGUGCGCCGCCGCCGGCAGCACGACGGUCCUAGGCCCAGGACGUGAUCGGGACUGCGAGCACUCGUGCGCUCUCUCGAUGUGCGGCCAGCUCCGGCCCGGCAGCAAGAUGAUGGCCGCGUGCCGGGACACCUGCCGGAAGAGCUACGCGGUCGCGGCGUGCAGGAGUAGCGCGGCUGCGUGA